CCUCGCCGUGCGACGAGAGAACUCUUCUCCCACGAGACCAACGUUUUCUACUGUGCACGUGCGUACGUUGGUUUCCUCUUGGAGUUUUACACGAAGGAAUUGAAGUGAGCUACCAAGACAUGGACGUCGAACAGCUGCAGCAGCAUGCCAGGAGGCUUCUGUCGAACGGCAGGGUGGUGUCGGCGGCGGCGGCCGCCGGCGCGUCGCCUGGUCCGGCUGGGCGCGUGUUGGAAGGCGGCGCGGCGGCGGCGGCGCGUCGUCCGGCACCGUUCAGCUCGCUGGACGCGACGGUGAUCACGGUCCUGUCCCUCCUCCUCUGCGUGCUCGUCGUCGGGCUCGUGCUCCACGCGAUCGCCCGGUGCGCGUUCCGCGUCACGCGGCGCAUGUGCUACGGCCAGGAGCCGCCCGGGGAUCACGGCGACGAGGCGGCGGCGGAGCGAUGCGCCCGGGUAGCCAGGAAGAAGCCGGGACGCGCCAUCGCGGAGAAGAUCCCGGCGAUCGUCUGCCCGGCCGGCGGGCUCGAUCGGCUCGCCGGCUGCGGCUCGACGGAGUGCGCCAUCUGCCUCUCCGAGUUCGCGCAGGGUCACCGCGUCCGCGUGCUGCCGCGCUGCGGCCACGGCUUCCACGCGCGGUGCAUUGACCGAUGGCUCGCCGCGAGGCAGACCUGCCCGACGUGCAGGCGGGAGCCGUUUGCGGCGGCCGCGGCCGUGCAGCUGCAGGUUUACCCUGACGCCGCCGGCGGCCAGCACGAGACGCCUUAGCACCAACGUGACUCAACUGUACAGUAGGCUAUCACAGUAGUUGGGAACACAGUGAACAUUUUUUUGCUUUUCUUUUGUCAUCCGAGAUACUGUGGUCAUUAUCUCUGUUUUUUUUUUCUUUUCUGUUAUGUUCAUGUCGAAGUGACCCGGUUCCGAUGAAAUGAAGGUGAAAACCACCCGAGUAAAUUUUACUGAAAACUGCAAAAAUAUGUACCAUCAGGUUGUGAUUUGGUUCAGGCUUGUAAACCCAUUUGCAAAUAUUGCACGGAGAGUGCCAACUUUUGAAUCGUCUGAAUUGUUUCA